AUGGAGCCCCAUACUGAAACUCUCCUAAUUGACGAUAAACUAGGCUGUGCAGGAGAAAGUGCCAACGCUCGUCCUACUAGGCUCUCCGCUGCUGACGAACCGCGAAGGAAGAGCAUCACACCAGAUUUUGUUGCUGUCGAACUCGAUAAAUACAGUGGAGAAGAUACAGAAACUGAAAAGAAAUUGGAAUCUGAGGGAACCUUUCCCGCUUCAUCGGGAUGCAAUGAUAAUAUUUUGGCGGAGAUGGAGAGUAGUGGCGGGCCUCUUAAAGCAGUUCACGAUCUGGAAGAGGCAUUGUGGCUAGUUCAGGAAGAGCUUGCUGAAGAACAACGGUUGCGGGCAGAAGAGAGGAAACACUAUGCAGUCUUUCAGGAAGAGUACCUUCGCCUCCAAAGGGAAAGCGCCGUCAACAGCAAGCGGAUUACUGCUGCUGAGGUUCGUCGGUUUAGUGCACCGUUGCAGUGCUUACUUCCGUAUUCUAUUAAGUGCGGUAAGGCUUUUCAGGUUCCUAGCUGGUUCAGUCGUGUGUCCCUAAAUGCCAAUCUGAAGUCUGAAGCGUUUACCGGGAGAAAGCUGGUUUUUUUCGCGCAGCUUCACUGCCUGACUGCCCUUGUUGAGGAUGUGAUGCCUCGAUUCAAGAUAAAGCUUAGGCGGCUCAUUGAACAAGGGAACACACUUGUUGCGUUACUGGCCCGCCGCUGGCCAGAAGCAAGAUUGAGGAAGCAAAUCGAAGCUCUUGGCAUAGAAGAUCAGCCCUUGGCCCGUUGGGCUCUUUUUCAUGCCCUGAAGCCAAAGGAAAUCUCAUUUUCAAGGUCAGCCGCUCAGCGCGGCUCGGAUGCGUGCGGAUCUUGCCCACCUUCAUCUCGAGAUUUACGGCUAUCCGAGAACGUCCUGGAGAGCACGGUGUCGAAACCUCCAGUGAAAGCAGGAGAGGCAGCUUCCGCGUUGCGCUGUGUCGAGGAGACGCCGGAAACGAUCAAACGAAUACAGAGAGCCAGCGGCCAAGCAGAUAGUGCAGAUGAUAAGUGGGGACGGGAGCGCACGUCAAAACUGCGAAUAGGAGCGGUAUAUGAUACAACCUACUGCACGCCCCUUCAAAUGCGUCACCAGACAGAGCCUCUUUCAUUUAGAAUGGGUUUUCCAAACAGUUCAGUUCUUGCCAAACGAGGGGACAGUAAGGGGCGUGGUGAGGGUGCCAGCACCCCCAAGGAAGGGAACAAGCUUGCAUCCCGACCAGCAUCAGUAGCAACGCGUUCACGAUUACAGGCGGCUGCUGAUCGUAAAAUGAAACCGGUUGAUUCCACCGUAAAGCCUACACCAACCGGUGCGAGACACCCUUUACCCCCACUGCCUGUCGGAAAGAUAGUUCUCCAGGGACCAGCAGGAUCGGCGUGCCGGGAUUCCUACCGCAGACACCAGUCUCAAGCUGCCUUCACAAGGAACAGUGCUCGCGGAGAAACGUCAUCCUGUAAGAAGGAGAGCUCAACAGCUACUCCUCCUGCAGCCUCACGGAGAUACAGUUCGAGGCAGACAAUGCAGUGCAAGGAAGAUCAUGGGCAGAAAGCGUGCGAGGCCCAGGACCACCUCUCCAAGCCAGCGUCUUUCAGCUCGCCCUCGAGGCGUUCCAUCGCGCAGAGGAAAAUCUCUCUGGAUAACGGAGGAGCACCAGUGCAUCGGCACACGUCGGGCAACUUGCGUGCCACGCAGCCUCCCUCCCUCAUUGGGUCACUUCCAAACAGCAGACUUCCGAGUCGUAUGACCUGCGGAACCGUGCUACCUACAUGCAAAGAUAUUAUCAAGAGACAGUCUGUAGAAAGUUCUGCAAACGAAACAAAAGAACAUAAGCGUGAGACAAGGCUUUUCCAAGACCUGACGCCGCGUACUUCGACAGGGGCACACGUAGCUUCCCCAGAUCACUCGUUUGGCAUUCCAAACGACCUGCAGUCGCAAAAUACAUCUACAUCCUUACCGGUACAACACCAGAAACCAACUGCCCAAGAGGAAUACCUGGGCCUCAUCUCAGAUAGCUGUGCAGCCACUGUUCCUCCACACGCUGCUGCCGGGAGGAACGCCAGCGUGAAGGGCGUCUUAGUGAGCCCCAAUCUCCCACAGCGGACAGAGAACACGGCGCCGGCGGAUCUCUAUCCUUCGAGGUCAAGUGGGACACAUAUUGUACAUAUUACAACACAAGGAUCCUCUGGAGGCAGGCCGAAGGACACUGAAGCAGAAGUUGUGCCAGAAGACCACACCAUUAAGUUCGGCCAGAAGUCAGCGCUCCCCUCCCGCGAUGUGACCAGCAGGGGUUUGAAGAUAACACCUCACUUUCAAGAAACUAGUCAAGAGGAUCGUCGAGCAGUCGCUAAUUUGAGGCCUCAAAUUGACGUGAACAAAGGAAGUCCUGGCCUGGCUACCGCCGCCGCACAAGCAGAGCCGUAUGGGCAAGUAUACCAGCCGCAGCUGCCUUCCUCGGCUGCACCCCGUAUUCUGGGGAGUUCGCUGGAUAUGGUAAGCCAACACAAAGGAGAUGCGGUUAGGGACUCACGCAAUGCACAGAAUUUCGUACCCUAUUGCGUGGCUCGAGGCACGCUUCCGGGGCACCCACAGCAGUUUCAACUCAGUGCAUCACAGCAGCCAGGAAGACAAUGGGCACCUGGGAUUGGCUGCGAAAUCCCGCGACGCUCUUCGCUUCCAGAGAGCUAUUCAAAGGGUCUGCAAUCGUACGGAGGCAACGUGUUCGUACAGCAUCAACCGGUUAUCUUGGGCCAUGCAGACCUUGGAGGCCUGCAGUGGCCAACCCGUAUAUUGGGGCAGCCACCAGUAUUGCCUCCCAGAAAUCCCGGUUUAUACGGCCAUACGCAACAGACAAGCUUUCAGCAGCACCCACUCUCAGUUCCCCAGCAAUAUUUUGCAAGCCAGUCACACCAGCUCCAGCGGGCUGUUCCAAACCAGCAGCAGGGUGCUGGGGUGAAUAUGCACUACAUAAUGCGAGGCAUCGGAUCAGAAUUCAUUGCAAGACAACGACAGCAUACGGGGAUCCCAAUACCUGGUGGGUGGAGAAACAGGUGA